AUGGCUUUCAAAGACACCGGGAAGACGCCCGUGGAGCCCGAAGUGGCGAUCCACCGAAUCCGGAUCACGCUCUCCAGCCGCAACGUGAAGUCGCUGGAGAAGGUGUGUGCCAACCUGAUCAGAGGUGCCAAGGAGAAGAACCUGAAAGUGAAGGGGCCCGUGCGCAUGCCCACCAAGACCCUGAAGAUCACUACGAGUAAAAUACCAUGCGGAGAAGGCUCCAAGACGUGGGAUCGUUUCCAAAUGAGAAUCCACAAGCGCCUCAUUGACUUGCACAGCCCCUCUGAGAUAGUUAAACAGAUUACGUCCAUCAGUAUUGAGCCGGGCGUGGAGGUUGAAGUCACCAUUGCGGAUGCCUAA